GGCAUUCGCGUCAAACUAAAACUAAAUCACAAAGAAUAGUUCAAUUUAAUGAGCGUAGCAUUCAUAAUUUAAGCGAUUUUGUGGCCAAACCUUGACCCUUGAUUACAGACGCAUUAUGGAAGCAUUAAUACCAGUUAUAAACAAGCUCCAAGAUGUCUUCAACACAGUUGGCUCGGACUCAAUACAAUUGCCGCAAAUUGUUGUACUCGGCAGUCAGAGCUCUGGCAAAAGCUCCGUCAUCGAAAGUGUUGUUGGACGCUCGUUUCUUCCACGAGGAACUGGCAUUGUCACACGUCGACCUCUUAUUCUGCAGCUAAUCUAUUGUCCUUUAGAUGAUCGUGAACAUCGGUCGGCAGAAAAUGGAACACUUAAUGUUGAGGAAUGGGGCCGUUUUCUGCACUCACGUAAAAGCUUCACCGACUUUAAUGAGAUACGUAAAGAGAUCGAGAAUGAGACCGAGCGUGCUGCUGGCAGCAAUAAAGGCAUUUGUCCAGAGCCCAUUAAUCUGAAAAUAUUCUCUACACGCGUUGUCAAUCUGACUUUGGUGGACCUGCCAGGUAUAACUAAAGUGCCUGUGGGCGAUCAGCCGGAGGAUAUAGAAGCACAAAUCAAAGAUUUGGUACUGAAGUACAUAGAGAACCCAAAUUCGAUAAUAUUGGCCGUGACGGCUGCCAACACUGACAUGGCGACCAGUGAGGCGCUUAAACUAGGUAAGGAUGUCGAUCCCGAUGGCAGACGCACACUGGCUGUGGUUACAAAAUUGGACCUUAUGGAUGCGGGCACAGAUGCUAUAGAUAUACUUUGUGGACGCGUAAUACCCGUCAAACUGGGCAUUAUUGGAGUGAUGAAUCGAUCGCAACAGGACAUUAUUGACAGUAAGAACAUUGAUGAACAGCUGAAGGAUGAGGCGGCAUUCUUGCAACGCAAAUAUCCGACAUUGGCUACACGCAACGGCACACCUUAUUUGGCGAAGACCUUAAAUCGAUUGCUUAUGCAUCACAUACGUGACUGCUUGCCUGAUUUAAAGACACGCGUCAACAUUAUGUCCACGCAAUUCCAAUCGCUGCUAAGCUCCUACGGCGAAGAUGUCUCAGACAAGAGCCAAACUCUGCUGCAAAUCAUUACGAAAUUCGCCAGCGCCUAUUGCUCUACUAUUGAUGGCACUGCGCGCAAUAUUGAAACGACUGAAUUGUGCGGUGGUGCGCGAAUUUGUUACAUUUUCCAUGAAACGUUCGGACGCACGUUGGAUUCAAUACAUCCAUUAGCAGGCCUAAGUAAAAUGGACAUUCUAACAGCCAUACGCAAUGCAACCGGUCCGAGACCAGCUCUCUUUGUGCCAGAGGUUUCAUUUGAGUUGCUCGUGAAACGGCAAAUACGUCGCCUGGAGGAGCCAUCACUGCGAUGCGUUGAACUGAUACACGAGGAGAUGCAACGCAUCGUCCAACAUUGUGGCAAUGAGGUGCAACAGGAGAUGAUGAGAUUUCCUAAACUUCACGAGAAGAUUGUGGAUGUUGUAACACAGCUACUUCGUAGACGGCUGCCCGCUACAAAUGUCAUGGUGGAGAACAUAGUCGCAAUUGAACUGGCAUACAUCAAUACCAAGCAUCCCGACUUCCACAAGGAAGCUGCACUGGUGCCCAGUCUUUUAAAGACAGACAACGAUCCCUACUCACAACUUAAUCUUGGACAGCGACGUACAAACACGCCAAGGAACACAGCAUCGCCUCAGGUCUCAGCGCAAAGUUCGCAGCAAAUGCAUUUGCAAUUGCAACAGCAACAACAACAGCAGCAGCAACAGCAACAACAACAGCAGCAUGUUGAGAACCAUGAACAGAAUCACAUAGGCGAGAACUCCACAACAUCUGUUGCUAGCGGUUGGCUUUCAAAUAUUUUACCACCUGCGCGAACCGACAGUAUUGAAAACUCAGCCAGUAAUACUCCAGUGCACAAUAAUAUUGUAAGUCCCGUAAAGCCGGUAAAUUUGUUGCCCGAUGUACCAGCGAAUCAUAACCCACGUCGUCUAACUGACAAAGAGCAAAAGGAUUGUGACGUAAUUGAGCGCUUGAUUAAAUCGUACUUCUAUAUUGUGCGCAAAUCCAUACAAGACUCUGUACCAAAGGCCAUUAUGCAUUUUCUGGUUAACUAUAUUAAGGAUAAUUUGCAAAGCGAACUGGUAACGCAUCUUUACAAAUCGGACAAGGCGGAAACACUGCUAAACGAAUCAGAUCACAUUGCAGUGCGCCGAAAAGAGGCCGCAGAUAUGUUAAAGGCGCUGACACGUGCAAAUCACAUCAUCAGCGAGAUCCGAGAGACUCACAUGUGGUAGAGGGAGCGUUGAAAUGAUAUUGCCCGAACGCAUCGUUCGGCUGGGUUGGAACAAGUAUCGACUUAAUAACAUACAUAAGCAAAUCUACAUACUAUUUAUUGAAGACAACAGUACUUCGCAUAUUGAGAAAGAAGAAACUCCUUUUGUUACAUGUUUCGAACACCAUAGGAUAAAACAAGCACGCCAAUUAUAUGUUGUGGCUCCAACGCCUGUAACGCGUAGGAUUAUCCGAUUCAAGCAUCGUAUUUAUAAGCGUGCGGUUGUAAUUUUCGUCAUCAGCAUUGUAACUGGCAUUACCCACUUAUAUGUUCUGAUAUCGGACGCAUUAUAGCAUUUUUUUUAUAAGAUCCAUUUUGCUUUUUAGAUUUGAGAAUGCAUGUAAGAUGAUGUUGCUUUUGUCAUCAUUAUUGGUUCUAUUUUGAGUUCUAGCACUUAUUAAAAUUAAAUAGUCAAAUACAAAGGAAUGUUAAAAAC